GAAGACGAGAGUUCUUGCUAUAAUAUUGUCGGCAUCAGUUUUACUGUCUAAACUCUCGAGUUGUACCGCCGUUGGGUUUCAAUUUCACAGCAUAACUAAACUGCAACCUCUACAUAGGUUUCUGUGUUUAGUUACAACCACCAAACAAUGUCUCGUAGGGGAUCAAGCCAGAAACAAAGCUCCGAGCCAUCUCAAAGGAAUCAGUCACAGAAGGCAAAUGCAUCACAGUUAAAACAACCUGCAGAGGAGAUAAUUGAUCUAGACAGGAUGGUGGCUGAAGUAAUCCAGUAUUUCUUGAUCAUGGAACAAAAAAAGUUUCCAGUAAAACGGAAUGAUAUAAUGAAAUUAGUUCCUGGGAUGUCAGCAAAGAAUUUCAAAACUAUUAUUGCCAAAGCACAAACAUACCUAGAUGAUGUUUUUGGCUUUUUACUUCAUGAAUUUGAUGAAAAAAGUGGCCAUUAUGUCCUUUUAAACCAAGUCAUUAUGCCAGAAAAUUUGCCCCAUCAAGAUCUUUCUGAAAACAACACUAUCCUGUUCUUGACCUUGUCAGCUAUUUUCUUGUCAGAGGGUUGCAUUGGUGAAGAUGAAGUGUGGAACAUGCUUGAUAUCCUUGGGUACAAACCAGAAAAUCACAAGAAACUUGUCACUAAUGACUUUGUUCGGCAGCUUUAUAUCAACAUAGAAGUCAUUCCACAGUCAGACCCUCCAAAAAUGAACUUUACCUGGGGUGAACGUGCAACAAUUGAGUUUACCAAAAAGGAAAUUCUUGCAUUUGCGGCCAAGAUUUAUGGCCAGCCUCCUGAACAAUUUGGAGCACUGUGGAAUUUGGCUGAGAAAGAGGACAAAGCGAGGGAAGCAAAUUGAUUUUUACUUGAUGCGGGAAUCUUUUGUAUUUACGUUGUUGUAAGUAAUUUUUUAAAAACCUAAAAAGAAAAGUGAAAAUAUA